AUGGCCGCUAAAAUUACGCUCAAGCUGAGCAACCGCUCACCGAAGCAGCCGAUCAAGAAGCUCCCCGAGUCGAUCGAGGUUCCCGCCGAUGCCACCGUCGAGGAGGUCAAGCAUAUUGUCGCUCGUCAGGCCGGCAUCAGCGACUUCAACCGUGUUGGCCUGUUUGAUCCUUCCACACAGAAGACGCUGAAGAACCGCAAAGCGCAGAUCAGCUCUGAGCCGGCCGUCAUGUCGGCCGGGCAGGUGUUGGUCAAGGACCUUGGCCCCCAACUGGCAUGGAGCACCGUCUUCGUGAUCGAGUACCUUGGCCCCAUCCUCAUCCACAUUGCCGUCGUCGGCUUGCGCCCUUACAUCUACUCGGGGCCAGGGGCCAAGAAACCCUUGUCACCGACCCAGCUCCUCACCCUCGCUAUGUUCCUCGGUCACUUCCUCAAGCGCGAGUACGAGACGCUCUUCGUACAUAAGUUCUCGGCCAACACAAUGCCCCUGCGUAACAUCUUCAAAAACUCCUUUUUCUACUGGGCCUUCGCCGGCCUCCUCAGCGCCUGGCACGUCUACUCUCCCAGCUCGCCUACGGCCCUUGCCCGUAACGACGCCGUUGACGUUCUCGGCACCAUCAUCUUCCUCUUCGGUGAGGCCUCCAAUGCCAUCGUCCACCUCAACCUCGCCAGCCUGCGCUCCCGCGGCGGCACCGAACGCCAGAUCCCCCGUGGCUACGGCUUUUCCCUUGUUACCUGCCCCAACUACAUGUUCGAGAUCCUCUCGUGGAUUGGUGUUAUAAUCACGAGCCGCAGUUGGGCCGUUGCCGUCUUCAUCGCUAUCGGCGCUGCCCAGAUGGCUCAGUGGGCCAAGGGCAAGGAGCGCGCCUACCGCAAGGAGUUCCCCGAGACGUACAAGAAGAAGAAGUUUGUCUUGCUGCCCGGCAUCUACUGA